UGAAGCUAAAGGUAAAAACAGCUGAUCAAUGUGAUCGAUUAUCACCUUCAGACACAGACACCUGUCCGAUCAACACACAGAUGAUGAAGAGUAAAGCUGAUGAGGAAGACUACUGGAACAGCUCCAAGUUCAAAGCUUUUACCUUCGAUGACGAAGACGACGAGUUCAGCCGAUUGAAGGAGUCGAAGCGAGCGGUGAACAGCAUCCGGCGGCUGGUGGAGGAGGACGAGGAGGACGAGGAAGACGAGGUGGAGAAGGUCAGCUGGAGCGGCGAGCCAGUCGGGAGUAUCUCCUGGUCCGUCAGUGAGACGGCAGCAGCGUCCAAUCAGAAGACAGACAGAGAGCCCGCCUUCCCCAAGAUCAACACAGACGCCUCGUCAAUCAGCAGGAGCCACUCAGGGUACUCCCUCAGCUCCCUGUUCAGAGGAAAAUCUAAAGGAGGAAACCUGCUCAGUGACGUGCUCAGCGACUCCUCUGUGAGGCUCUACGCUCCAGAACUACGGAAACCAAGAUCUGAAUACAAGGAUUAUGUCAGUGAUUGGUCGCCUGAGGAGACGAUCCAGAGGAUGCAGCAGGGAAAGGUGGUGUCCCUGGAGCGGUUCCGGUCCCUGCAGGACAAACUGCUGCUGCUGGAUUUCUCCGUCAGCGCUCACGACGGGAACGUCAUCACAGCCGUUUUAAUUUAUUUGAAGAGGACUCUGAGUAAAGAGGUUUUGUUUCGGGAGCUGGAGUCCAGACAGACGGCUCUGAGACACUUCAUCAACUACCUGACUGAAACCAGAGACCAGAGGCUGCUGCUGGAGCUGCUCAGGGCGCUGGGCAGGACGGAGGACGUGGCGCUGCUGCAGUAUAAAGACCACCUGAGCAUCGCAGAUGAAAACAAGAGGCGGGACUUCCUGAAGAGCUGCCUCAGUCUCCCGUUCUCCCCCGAAGAUUCUGCUCACAUCCAGGACCACUACACGCUGCUGGAGAGACAGAUCAUCAUCGAGGCGGCCGACCGGCAGGCGGAGCGAGGCGGGAAGGUGGAAAUCUUCCAGAAGUUUCCCAGAAAAGCUUCGAUCCUCAACAUGCCGCUGAUCACAACGCUGUACUACUGCUGCUUCUACCAUUACUCCGAGUCUGAGGGGACCUACAGCAGUCCGUUGAACAUCCGUCAGACCUUCAAGAUCUGUGAGAAGCAGUACCUGGUGACGGCGCUGGCGGCGAGGGCGAAGCUGAAGGCGUGGCCGGACGUGGACGCCAUGUUGACCAGCAGGAACUGGCUCGGCUUCACCAGGAAGAAGUCUCCGCUCGCCUUCCAGCGCGUCGUCGACAUCCUGCACAAGAGCUCCGCCCCCACGCAGGUGCUGCAGGACUACGUGGCGCUGGUUGAUGAUGCGGACCUCAGGAUCUCUCUGGCGCAGAAACACAGAUGUCACGACAUCGUCAUCAACACGUACCGAGACCUGAAGGACCGGCAGCAGCUGCUGGCGUACCGAGGGAAGGUGGAGAGAGGAGGAGAGGAGGAGAGGAGGAUCAACGAGCUCCUCCACAACCAGCAAAUCCGCUGGAAGAACUGAAGACUUUUACUUUGAAACAACAGGACAGUGAUGAAGACUUUUACUUUGAAACAACAGGACAGUGAUGAAGACUUUUACUUUGAAACAACAGGACAGUGAUGAAGACUUUUACUUUGAAACAACAGGACAGUGAUGAAGACUUUUACUUUGAAACAACAGGACAGUGAUGAAGACUUUUACUUUGAAACAACAGGACAGUGAUGAAGACUUUUACUUUGAAACAACAGGACAGUGAUGAAGACUUUUACUUUGAAACAACACAGGCUGUUAGUGACUCACUAAGUCUCCUUUUUAUAUUAAUGUGAAUGUAGAAAAUAAAGUUUAUUAAAAUCUGA